AUGGCCUCCACGCCCAGGACUGUGCUGAUUUCAGGCUGUUCAUCAGGAAUUGGCCUGGAGCUCGCUGUGCAGUUGGCUCAGGACCCCAGACAGCGUUACCAGGUGGUGGCUACCAUGAGGGACCUGAGAAAGAAGGAGAUGCUGGAGGCAGCUGCUGGGGAGGCUCUGGGAAAGACCCUCACUGUGGCCCAGCUAGACGUGUGCAAUGAUGAGUCAGUGACCCAGUGUCUCGACUGCAUCCAAGAAGUGGACGUGCUGGUGAAUAAUGCCGGAGUGGGCCUGGUGGGGCCCCUGGAGGGACUCAGCAUGGACGCCAUGCAGAACGUCUUUGACACCAACUUUUUCGGGGCCAUCCGUCUGGUCAAAGCCGUACUUCCAGGAAUGAAGAAGAGGCGACAAGGCCAUAUCGUGGUGGUCAGCAGUGUCAUGGGUCUGCAGGGUGUCAUGUUCAAUGACGUCUAUUCAGCCUCCAAGUUUGCCCUGGAGGGAUUCUUCGAGAGUCUGGCUAUCCAGCUGCUUCAGUUCAACAUCUUCAUCUCCCUGGUGGAGCCCGGCCCUGUGGUCACUGACUUCGAGGGGAAGCUCAUGGCUCAGGUUUCCGCUGCCGAGUUCCCGGGCACCGACCCCGAAACCCUGGCCUACUUCAGGGACUUCUACCUCCCCGGCUCCAGGGAGCUCUUCCGCUCAGUGGGACAGAGCCCAAAGGAUGUGGCCCAGGCCAUUGCCAAGGUCAUCGGCUCGACCAGGCCACCUCUGCGUAAACAAACCAACGUCCGCUACCUCCCGCUGCCGGCGCUCAAAGCCCUGGACCCCUCGGGCAGCCUGUACGUGAGAACUGCCCACAGCCUCCUCUUCCGCUGGCCACGCCUGCUCCACCUUGGCCUCCGUUGCCUGGCCUGCGGCUGCCUCCCAGCCCGGGUGUGGCCUCGAUGA